GGUGCCUCAGUGCCGCCGAACUACGUCAACUUGAUGAUGAAGACACGAGGUUGGUGGGAGACGAAGGCGGAGCCUCUCCCAAACCCUCGACAGCCGAUACAGAGCUCGGCAGAUCCAGUACAAGACAUGGACGCCCCCGUGCAGGACGCUGAGGACCCGGUACAAAGCCCCAAAGAUACAGAGCAGCCUCGAACUGACCCGGCGCGAAAACCGGCCGAUCCAGUACGGCACCGACCAGAGACUCGAUCCCAGACACAGACCGGGACGCAGCCGGUGGAUUACAAAGGACAGGCCGGCAAUGCGAAAGCGUUAGUGCCCAGACCCCGCCAACAACCUCAGGCAAAGUCAUCUUCAGCAGAUCGUCAGGUCAAUUCGCCUAGAUCACCGCAACCUCAGACAACGCAGCCACAGGGAGGAAGCUCUCACGCCCCACUAACCUUCUCUCCUCCCCCGCGACCGGCCUACGAGCAGGAUGGCACGCGCCAGUGGUCUACAACCCUUGACAUACGCUCGCGCUCCACCGAGCCUCAGAAGGGCACUUUGAUACAACUCAAUCAAGCCAAUAGAUAUGAAAUUGGUGCUGACGCGUGGCGUCAACAGAUUCAAGAGGAUAUGGCAAGAAUGAAAUACCCUCGCCCUCCUAGCACUCAAUCAUCGGUGUCCCCAACCUUUUCCAAACACAAUCUGAGGGCGAAGAAACCAAAGAUAUCACAAGCUCUCUACGGUCUCGAGGCUGGCAAGUCCGUCGCCACGGCGGAAAUGGCAAAUCUGACUCGGGGGAAGAAAAGAGACGCCCUACUGCGCCUGGGUUGGACACCUCUCGGGAUCUCGCGAAUCCGAUCAAGGACCCGAAUGGAGUUCAGCCUUUCGCAUGGGGUUUGGUUCAGAAGUACGUCCGUAAGUUUGGCAAAGAGGAGCCGCUGUUGGACGAGGUGGACGUCAGGAGAUACAAAGAGGCGGGUCAGGACGCAAUGACGGCGACUUUAACAUUGCUCUCUAUGAAAGUUCCAGGCGAAUACCCAGCCGCCUACGCCUGGAUGGCUGAACGUGGUAUCCUUGCACAUUUACAAGCACU